ACAAAAUACAGUAGUCCCUCCCAGUUACGUUCUGUUGACGAAGCAUCUCGUUCACCGGAACAAAUAGCCUACACCCAUGGUCUUACAUGUUUACUAUCAGCAUUAAUCGCCACAUGACGGUUAAAGUAGUGUUUGAGGUGUUAUUGCUUUUGAUCCGUGAAUUGGAUUUGUUGUAAUACUUGACCCUCAAGCGCUGAAGAUUUUGUUGAUCCGUUUUUCAUUUAAGCGCCGUACCACCUAAACGCUCGAAGAGAGCUAGUGUCACUGUCGUCUUAGGUUGAGCUUGAACUUGAAAUGAUGCAUCGACUUCAACAUUUGGCAAAUAGAUCAUUAAUUGUAGGUGCUUUUGAUAACCCUCCCGUCCUUGUGCGGACAAGCACUUGGAGAACCUCAUCAUGUUUAGUGCAGUCUAUUCGAUUUAAAACACAAGGACCCGUUGAACAGUAUGGACUGAAGAGAUACAGUACAGCCGAGGCGACCGUGGUAACCAGGGAGAACAUCAAGAUGAGAGAAAAGACGCUGACCAUGGAGACCCUCAAUCCGCAGGUUAAAGCGGUGGAGUACGCUGUGAGAGGGCCCAUUGUCUUGAAGGCUGGAGAAAUCGAGAGAGGCUUGCAGCAGGGCCAAAAGCACCCCUUCACUGAGGUAAUCAAAGCCAAUAUUGGAGAUGCACACGCCAUGGGGCAGAAGCCAAUCACCUUUCUCCGUCAGGUGGUGGCUCUCUGCUCAUUCCCGGAGCUGUUGGAAAGCCCCAGUUUCCCAGAGGAUGCCAAAGUGCGCGCUGGUCGUAUCCUGCAAGGCUGUGGGGGACAGAGCUUGGGGUCGUACAGUGCCAGCCAAGGAGUAGACUGUAUCAGGCGGGAUAUCGCUGCUUACAUCAAGCAACGCGACAAGGGCGUACCGGCCGACUGGGACAAUGUUUACCUUACAACCGGAGCCAGCGAUGGCAUUGUGAGCAUCCUGAAGAUGCUGGUGUCAGGCCAGGGCCUGUCCCGGUGCGGUGUGAUGAUCCCCAUCCCCCAGUACCCCCUGUACUCCGCAGCCAUCGCAGAGAUGGAUGCCGUUCAGAUCAACUACUACCUGGACGAGGACCACUGCUGGGCCCUGGACAUCAAUGAGCUCCACAGAGCCUACCUGGCUGCUAAGGAGCACUGCCACCCCAGAGUCAUUUGCAUCAUCAACCCAGGCAACCCUACAGGUCAAGUGCAGAGCAAGAAGUGCAUUGAAGAGGUCCUCCACUUUGCCUUUGAGGAGAAUCUAUUUGUCAUGGCUGACGAGGUGUAUCAGGACAAUGUGUACUCCACAGACUGUCAGUUCCACUCCUUUAAGAAGGUGCUGUAUGAGAUGGGCCCGGAGUACUUUAACACUGUUGAGCUGGCCUCAUUUCACUCCACCUCCAAAGGCUACUCAGGAGAGUGUGGGUUUAGAGGGGGGUAUAUGGAGGUGCUCAACCUCGACCCGGAGGUCAAGGCCCAGCUGGUCAAGCUGCUCUCCGUGAGGCUGUGCCCCCCUGUCUCAGGGCAGGCCGCCAUGGAUGUCAUCGUAAACCCUCCCCUGCCACAUGAGCCCUCCUACCCCCAGUUCCAUGAGGAGAAGAGCACCAUUCUUGGAGCUCUGGCUGAGAAGGCCCGGAUGACUGAGCACAUUCUCAACGCAGUGCCUGGAAUCAAAUGUAACCCGGUGCAGGGGGCCAUGUACGCCUUCCCCAGCAUCUUCAUCCCCCCUCGAGCUGUGGAGGAGGCCAAGGCCCUGGGGAUGCCUCCUGACAUGCUGUACUGCCUGAGGCUGCUGGAAGACACCGGCAUCUGCAUUGUUCCGGGCAGUGGCUUCGGCCAGAGGGAAGGGACCCAUCACUUCAGAAUGACCAUUCUGCCAUCAAUGGAGAAGCUGAAAGUGCUCCUGGAGAAGCUUCGGGAUUUCCAUAUCAAGUUCCUGAAGAAGUAUUCAUCACUGGAGGAGCUGGAGAGAUGAAAGCACUUAGGAUGAAAUGCACCGAGGACAGCUCAAGGCCCGGUUUCCCAAAAAAUGCAUCUGAAGCGUACCAGUGAUUUUAAACAAUGCGUCAUACCUAUAACAGCCAAAGAUGCCAAGUAGACAGUAUGUUGAUAAAUGUGUCGUUGGAGCAUGGGUUGAGAUGGAUAGUAUCGAAUUUCAGUACUAUUCUUGGAUAGGUUCUCCAUUCAAGUCUCCAUUCAACCACCGUGUUGAAAAGAUUCCCGGGGCUUAUUCUAAUGCUAAAACUAUAAUUAACCAAAAUUACAGAAUGGCCGCAUCAUUGCCCACUCAAACAGCAUUAAAUAUUUUUAGGCAAGAAGUUGCAGACUAUAGUGGCAUAUGGCAUUGAUAUCCAUAAGUUUGAAAUGUAUAGGUCUCUCUAGCCUACAGUAUAGAUUAUUUAUUAUAGUCAUCUCAGUUACUUUUGAAUCCUCUUGAUCCUUUCUUUGUUAAAAGAAGACAUUGGCAACUUUAUUUGUUAUAUAGUCACAUUUGUUGUGAUGUUAUCAUCAGUCACUGAAGUUACAAAAACAUCUGAUGUAAUUCUUGACUGGUCUAGUAGUGAGAUCUUUCUAUAGAAAUGUUUUCCGGUGCAACAAACAAUGUUUUUGUUACUUGCACUCGGAAUCAAACUCCUAAAGUUCUAAGAAAUGAAUUCGCUGUUAAAUGCUUUUGGGAAAUUGUGCCUUGAACAGUUCAAAUAGUCAGCUUAAGAAUGUUUUGACACUAACGAAAACGACAUUUACAGAGGUAUUGACUAAUGAUCACUUAAAGAAACCAACCCCUUUUUUCCUCUUGUACAUAAACCUAGCCCUCAAAGUUUAAGCUGAUUUUAGGAAUAGUCCUUGUGUUCGAGAGACAUUGUGCCUUUGUCAGAUGAGGAAAAGGUAUGCAGAGGAAAGAUGCCAUCUGUACCGAAAUGUGAACUAUUAAGCAACGCCCACACAUUGUGAAGUAUGCAAAGCUGCUGUACUCCAGAGGAGGAGGGGAGGUGACAAUGUUCUGGUCUUUAUUUUUUUUUACUUAAUUUUGUUGUUCUUCUGCCUGACACAUACAUUAUUUACACUGUGUUGUAUUUUCUGUCUUGAGGCUUUUCUGUCUCCUUAUGGGCAUUUUCUUGUUACAGAUCUACAUAAUAGGGCUUUGUAUGUAGGGCCACAAAUCAUAUGAGAACUAACUGAACCUCCAUGUGCCAAAUGCAGCUGGAAAACAAAGUUUGUUUGUUUAAAAGGUCAUUGGGAUUGGACAAUGAUGAGUACUGCUACAUCAGCAUGUUUUCUAGUCAGAAAAAAAGCAUGAAGGGAUUGUCAUAAGCAUUUUUAACAUAAGCAUUUUUAACAUAGUUUUAUUAAUCCAAAUCAUGAAGCUUUGAGUCUGUAAAGCAUGUGGCGUUUUCCUCAUGCAGUACCUUUUUAGUGUGACAUUAAUCAGAGUUAUCAGAUGCACUUUACAGGUUCAUGUCUGUACUUUCGGGUGCCUGGAUCUAUCAGUAUGUGAUUAGUAUGGAGAAACAUUUGUUUUUACUAGUGAAUUUACAGAUAAAAUCUAGCAUUUCUGCAUAACAUGUCCCCUUUUAGGUUCUUUAUUACAUAGAUAUGUUAAUGCUGUAUACUAACAAGGCAUGGAAGCCUAUUAUUUACCAAAACUGUUAGCAAGUACCGCAGUGUAGUUAGAUCACAGGUGAUACAGAUGGUUGGUUGAAUACCCUUAAAUGGUAUUACAUGGAAAAGUGUUUGUGGGAUCCUACUGCCAAUCUCUAUCAUUCUGCACUGAGAGCUGCGUGUGAUUUCAUUGAAACACAAACACUGCAACCAGAUGUCAUUGUUUUGGUUGGAGAUGUUCAACCAUUCAAAUCAGCAUAACGUAUUGGGUUAAACCAAUGAAUUCAUCCAGCUGAUUACUUAUAACGGUGUGUCAACAGAUUCACUUUUAAUUUCUUAUACAGUGUCAUGAAUCUCUUCACUGACUUAAAAACCUUCAUUGACUUCAAAAUCUUUUUUUAGUUUUACUACAAUGGGGGGCCUUCAGUGGUGACCAGCUGUUUUUUGUGAGUAAAUUAUUAGAAAAAUAAUAUCACUAAACGGUUUUAAAAAUACACUUUCUUUUUGUUUAUUUAUUAAAAAGGAAUAAUUUAAAAACUGGUAAAGAUUUCCUGUUCAGCAUUGCGUUUUCAUUAAUAUCAACAUAUUUUAUAACUGAAAAGGACGGAUUCAGUUUUUUGCUUGUUUACAUUUU